UAGGCCGUAGGAGCCGGGGAGGGAAGGAAGUCAAGACAAAUCUGCCGUUGGAGAGUAGAGAGGAGGAGAGGAAGACGAGUCGAAAACCAUGGCAGAGCCAGUGGCGGUGUGGUUUAUGAUCAUAUUCACCAUCGUGACGUUUACUGUCGUUUCGGGCGUCGAAGACAAGUGCGCUGCUUGUUAUGCCGUUGCGGAUGAGUUAGAGCGCGGGCUUUCAAAUGAAAAACCAAGGAAUCAUUUGGACAUGCGAAACCGGUUGAAUUCUAAAGGUCAACGCGAAGGAAAGGUAAUUGAUUACAGAGUCAGUGACCUGAGAGUUGUUGAACUCCUGGAUGGGCUUUGUGAUAAGAUGCAAGAUUACACCCUUCACAAGAUAGAUCCAACAAAAAGCGCGUGGAUCAAAGUGGACAGCUGGGAUAAUCUUGCAGAAAAUAAGCAAGAAGCUCGAGCAUAUUCAAAAGAUAUAUCAUCUUAUUGUGGAAGGUUACUGGAGGAAACUGAAGAUGAGUUGGCAGAAUUAAUAAAGAAAGGAUAUGUUAAAGUCGGAGGUGUGAGCAAGGUUCUAUGUCAAGAUUUGAGCAAGCACUGCACCUCCUCAAGCGAUUCUCAUCAGGUAAAUGGUGAUGACAAUGAAUCUGAUGGAGAACUCUGAGAGUGUGCUACUAAUAGAAGAGAUAAUGCAAACUUUACUUUAUUAUGGGAAAAAAAAGUUCAAUAAUUUCUUGUGGACCUAGAAAUUUUGUUUCAAUACAUAACAUGAGGGUCUUCGUGAUUCAGUCUGUUUCUAAAUCGAAACGAGUCAAUGGGUCAUGUUCCCAUCCAAUUAAUAGAAAUGCCAUUGUUUUGUAAUCUAAUUGAUUUGUCAUAAAGUAUGAAUUCUUGAGUGCCCCGCUUAAUUCUUAAAA